AUGAACAAGGACAUCAGAGCUUGGGCCCCGUCGUGUCUGAGCUGCCAGCGCAACAAGGUGCAGCGUCACAACAAGUCCCCACCAGGCACUUUCCCCAGUCCCGACGCACGGUUCAGCCAUGUGCACCUGGAUGUCGUAGGCCCCUUGCCUCCAUCCAAUGGUUUCACCUACCUCCUCACCUGUGUCGAUCGAUAUACUCGCUGGGCUGAAGCUAUUCCUUUGCCGAAUGUUCAGGCUGAAACCAUCGUGAAGGCCUUCGUCAGUCGUUGGGUCGCCAUGUUCGGUGCCCCAUCCACGGUUACGACUGAUCGUGGUGCCCAGUUUGAGUCGGCACUCUUCCAAACGCUACUCAAUUUCCUUGGCUGUACACGCAUUCGGACGACAGCCUACCACCCCGCUGCCAACGGUAUGGUGGAACGUUUCCAUCGCCACCUAAAGACCGCCCUGCGUGCCGUAGAAGACCCAGGAAACUGGUCGGACAACCUUCCUCUUGCACUCCUCGGCAUCCGCGCAGCUCUGAAGUCGGAUCUGGGCUGUAGCGCAGCUGAAUUGGUUUUCGGCACUACCCUCCAACUGCCAGGCGAGAUGAUCACCCCAACCUCUCGUGGAGCCGACGAGACUCCUGACAAUCUUGUGCACCGUUUGCGGCAAUUUAUGCGCUCGCUUCCCCCGGUUCCACCUCGAGCUCCAAUGACUGAGUCUUAUGUCGAAAAAGACUUGGACAAGUGUACGCAUGUGUUCGUCCGGUGUGACCGUGUGCGCCAGCCGCUGGAAUCACCAUACGAAGGACCGUUCCGCGUGCUUGCGCGCAACACCAAGACCUUCCGGAUUCUUCGCAGUGACAAGGAGGAUGUGGUCAGUGUCGAUCGGGUCAAGGCUGCUGUUGCGGAGGAGCCGCCGGACCAGUCACAAGGACAAACAUGUGCUGACCCCCUAACCCCUGUUCCUCCAUCUUCCCUAUCCCCUACUCGUUCACCCUGCCCACUGCCUUGCCCUUCCCCUCCCUUCCCCUCUACCCCUCCGUCCCGCAUGCUUCCUCUCCCUACAUGUCAACAGCAUCCAACUGCAACACCAUCGUCCACCACAGCACGCAGUCAACCCUCUUCGACUGCACCUCCUGCAUACAUAACUCGCAGUGGCCGUCACGUUCAUUUUCCCGAUCGUUUAGUUACCCAUUUUUUCUAG